ACCUGGUUGGCCAGGCGGGGGUGGGGGUGUCGCGGAUUGGUCCCGGCUGCAAGCAGCUUUGUGGAGCUCACCGGGUCCAGGAGCCGGCUGCCUGAGGGAUGGACGAGACGAGCCCACUAGUUUCCCCUGAGCGGGCUCAACCCCAGGACUACACCUUCCCGUCUGGCUCGGUCGUUCACUUUCCGCAGGUGCCGGGGGGCGCCGUCCGAGUGGCUGCGGCGGCCGGCCCGGCCCCCUCUCCGCCAGGCUCUCCGGGCCACGACCGGGAGCGACAGCCACUGCUGGAUCGGGCCCGGGGUGCGGCGGCCCAGUGCCAGACCCAAACCGUGGCGGCGCAGGCCCAAGCCCUGGCCGCCCAGGCCGCGGCGGCUGCGCACGCUGCGCAGGCCCACCGCGAGCGGAACGAGUUCCCGGAGGACCCCGAGUUCGAGGCAGUGGUGCGGCAGGCGGAGCUGGCUAUUGAGCGCUGCAUCUUCCCGGAGCGCAUCUACCAGGGCUCCAGCGGCAGCUACUUCGUCAAAGACCCUCAGGGGAAGAUCAUUGCUGUCUUCAAACCCAAGAAUGAAGAGCCAUAUGGACACCUUAAUCCUAAGUGGACCAAGUGGCUGCAGAAGCUGUGCUGUCCCUGCUGCUUUGGCCGUGACUGCCUUGUCCUCAACCAGGGCUAUCUCUCAGAAGCAGGGGCCAGCCUGGUGGACCAAAAACUGGAACUCAACAUUGUACCCCGUACAAAGGUAGUAUACCUGGCCAGUGAGACCUUCAACUAUAGUGCCAUUGAUCGCGUGAAGUCCAGGGGCAAGCGGCUUGCACUAGAGAAAGUGCCAAAAGUUGGGCAGCGGUUUAACCGCAUCGGGCUACCGCCAAAGGUUGGUUCAUUCCAGCUCUUUGUGGAAUCCUACAAAGAUGCAGACUACUGGCUACGGCGUUUUGAAGCAGAACCUCUCGCUGAAAACACUAACCGGCAACUACUGCUCCAGUUUGAGAGGUUGGUGGUGCUGGAUUACAUCAUCCGCAACACUGAUCGAGGCAAUGACAACUGGCUGAUUAAAUAUGACUGUCCAAUGGAUAGUUCUAGCUCUCGGGACACAGACUGGGUGGUGGUAAAGGAGCCUGUUAUCAGGGUGGCUGCUAUAGACAACGGGUUGGCUUUCCCCCUGAAGCAUCCUGACUCCUGGAGGGCAUAUCCCUUUUACUGGGCCUGGUUGCCCCAGGCAAAAGUCCCAUUCUCUCAGGAGAUCAAAGAACUGAUUCUUCCAAAGAUAUCGGACCCUAACUUUGUCAAGGACUUGGAGGAAGACCUAUAUGAGCUCUUCAAGAAAGAUCCUGGUUUCGAUAGGGGCCAGUUCCAUAAGCAGAUUGCUGUCAUGCGGGGACAGAUCUUAAAUCUGACUCAGGCCCUGAAAGACAACAAGAGUCCCCUGCACCUUGUCCAGAUGCCACCUGUGAUUGUCGAGACGGCCCGUUCCCACCAACGAUCUGCUAGCGAGUCCUACACACAGAGCUUUCAGAGUCGGAAGCCCUUCUUCUCAUGGUGGUAGCCCAAGAGGCAGACAAAGACAUUGCCUGAGACUUGGGCUGGGAGGAAGCCUGGGGAGCAGGUUGCAGGAAAAGCCAGAGAAGCCAGAGGAGAGCAGUGUCCCUAAGAGCCCUCCUCCUCUGCUCACCAUCCCGUCAGGGCUUUCCCAAGCACAGGGAGAAGCACAAUCAGAGGGACAGUGCGCACUCUUGGGCCUUUCUGAGCUCUGGGGAGGGCUGGCACUCCAUGCAAGUACUCCAGUGCCCGGGAAGGAGCAUCUCCCUGCCAUCUCCUGAGGGCAGACUGGGAAAUUCCCUUCCUUCCCCAACACCCUGCUCUAUUGUAAUUCCUCAUUAUAUUCUGCAUCAGAAAAAAACAAACAAAUACAAAUUUAAAUGCUAGUAGUAAAACCCAGGCAGAAUCUCAGAUCCUCUCAUGUCAGAAACCUCAGAUCCAGGCCUAAAUUUGCAUGGGCCCAACCGUGCAGGUGCCUCACAGUUCCUUACUCCUGUGGACCAGCUGGGUGACUCUCAGUGCUGGAACAGACAGAAGCUACACCUUUUCUUUGUGAUUUUGCCAAGUCUUUUUUCCCUUCUCCCCCUACCAGUGCAGUAGGCUGAAAGUCUUUAAACACAAUUUUCCUAGUGGGGAUAGUUUGCUGUAGAAAUCCCAGCUGUCCUGCAUAUGACCGUGUAGGUAAGUUCUACUGCAAAGGACCCACCCUCUCUAGUCUAGACCUUUGGCUUGCUGAUCACUCAGGCAAAAGCCGAAGGAAGGAAGUUGACUCCCCAGCAUGUGGAAGUGGCCCACAUAACCUAAUAGUAUGUUGGGAGCCGCAGACUUAGCCCAGUCUUGCUUCCUGAGUCCUUGGCCCUAGCCAGAGGACUCUCCCAUAAACUGGACUAGUCCUGUAAUGUGUUCCUGUUGCUUUAGAUAGUUUUUCCUCAACUCUUUCUGACUUAGGAGGUCUGGAGAGGGUCUUGAAAUGGUUCUGCGUCAGGUCUCAGUUCAUAAGAGGGAAGGAUACUAGAUCCUUGGACUUGUUUUUAUGCAACCACUGUUGCUUGGUGGAGGUAACAGCGCUUGUAUUCUGUUUCCUAAUUGGCAGCUUCCCUUUGCUCCCUGACUUGUUCCAGGCCAGUUUUUCCAUGCCUUUUUGAGAAAAGCAGGGCCCAAAGGAGAGAGGCCUUUAAAAUGUCCCCCAGUGCCUGCACAGCUGUGUAUCUUCCUGCUUCCAUGUCUCUUUUCCCUCAGCUGUACCCCUUGCCAGGUGUCUGAGCCCUUUCUACACCAAAGCAAAGAGUGGUCUCAAAAGGAAGUAAAAGAUGCCAUCUGUGGCUAAGGGGCAGCUCUAUGCUACUGGACAUUCCAGUUUUCUGGUACCCUGCGAUUGGUCAAUCAGCAUUGGAAAGAAACUAUCCUAAAGGUUUGAAAAACAACCAAAGAAAGGGACCGAGGACUAUGACUGUGUGCCUUCUGCUUGCCCAUCUCCCACCAUCCAGGAGGCAGAGCAAAAAUGUACAGUCCUCUCAUUAGCUAGGCCAGGCUGGUCCCUUCCAUUCCAGCCUCCAGGAACCUGUGUGUUCUGGGCUUCCACCUAGCUGACAGGGAGAGCCUCUGGGAUCUGGAUAUGCAUGUCCUGUGGACAAAGGUGUGGCUCCCUGCAGGCUACAGCCCUGACAAUCCCAUUUAGCCAACUUGGACUCUGGCCUUUGGGAUCAUGUUUGCAAGAAUGCCUGCUCCUAGACUGCAGGAGCAUCAGGGCUCCCAGAAGCCAGGAGAAGACCCAGGUUUUAGUUCCCCAAAGACAUCUUUACACAAAUGUGUUAGUAAAGCUCCCCACCUGGGUGUCAAGAGAGCCAAAGCGGUCUGAGGGAGCCUGGUUGCUUCACCCAGCCCAGCAGAUCUGCAUAGUGCCCUCAUCCAGGCGAGUUCUGUGAUAAGGAAAUUGGGUCCAAUGGAAGAGGGAUCUGGUCCCAGUGCUGGCAGACAAAAGAGGGUGAGGCAUCCUUUCCUGGCCUGUCUCCAUUCUCCUUGAAGCCUGUACUCAGUUGCCUUGAACAUGGACUUGUGGAGAGCCAGGGGCCCAGAAUGCCAGGACUGGCUUCUGGGUGGUGGUCAUGGGAUAUCUCAGACAGAGGCCCUGUGCCCUGGUGUCAGGGCGCAGAGGCCAGGCCACAAGAGAGCUGCUGCCUCGGUAUUCUUCUUCUAAUGCACUGUAGGAAUUGUAUGUAAUGUAUUGAAAUCAAUGCAAAUGUAUGAAUAACAAGUCCAAUUCUGACCA